AGGAAAAAAAUCCUGCGUCGUGUCUGUGGAUGACACCCGAAUCUGCCCCUGAGGUAGGCUCGGCCGAACCUACCUUACGGCAAAAUCGGAUGUCAUCCGCGGGAUGAAACGAAGCAGGAAUCAGCCCUAAAUUGUGAUUCGUGAUCUCCCUAUCGUCACCUCACCCACCCUCAAUCGUUCCCUUUCCCCAGACGCCCCGCUCUUCCGCUCCCCCUCGCCCUGUUUCCCCCGUUCUGUCUCAUCCAAGUUCUCCUGUCUCAACGGCUGGCGGGCCAAGCGGGGUGGGCGAAGCGGGAAGUGCGGGAUAGGCGCGUUGACGGUCAGGCCUAGUCGCGAGGGCAGUCCGAGCUAGGCACAAGGACGAUCACGGGCUUGGCGCGAUGAGUUGCGUGUUGUUGCAGGAGCUGUGAACAGUUGCUUUGUUGCGAGAUUGGUGGCGAACGCCAACUGUUUGCCCUGCUCCAAAUCCGGCGAAUCAGCGGCGCCACAUCUUUGUCAUUUCCGCGGGUGGCGAGAGUGCCGUCACCUCUCAUAAGCUUGAAGUCCAAACAUCCAAAACUGAGCUUCCAUGCGGAACGAGACACUCUUGGCGGCCAAGGAGCGACCCCAUGCCUUACCAGGGAUGCGAGUCGCAGAGGCCGCAUCAUCCACUCUCACUCACUCCGCGAGUCCCGCCACUCAUUCUGCACCGCCUUGCCGCCCACCACCCACUGCUCUGCGCAGACUUCCGCCAACUCAGCCGCCCCUUUCCGCGCGAUCGUUCUCCCCCUUGACCAUGGCCCACGCUCUCUCCCGCCGCGCGCUUUCCCCCGCGCUGCCUUGGCUCGCUCUAGCGGCGGUGCUGAUGCUGCCGGGGACGGCGGGGGUGGCAACUUGGGGGGGGGCAGCGCCAGGUCGGGGGAGGUUAGAGGGCGGAGGGGGGGACUUGGUGAGCAGCGGGGGGCCACGGGGAAGGAUUGCUGGGGAAGAGGCGGUGAGGGCAGAAGGGAGGGUGGGGGUGAGGCAGCAAUGGAUGAGACGGAGGGUGAGAGCGGGUGAAGGGGAGAGAGGGGAGAGAAGCGAGCAGCAGGGCUCUAAUGAUGGCAUGGACCUCCAUAGCACUGUUGCUGCUGCCCCUCCUGCUGCUGCUGCUGCUGCUGCUGCAGAUGAGGGAGCAGUUGCUGCUGACGGUGGCAGUGGCGGCGGCAGCGUGUGUGAGGGACUGAGCAGUAUGCAGCUGCAGGUGGGGACGGCAACACUGGCCAGCGCCUGCGGGUCCUCUCGUCCCUUCCAUCAGGUUCUAGCCGCGGGUGCUGCGGCGGUUGUGGCAGCACCAUCACAACCACCAACCCUGCCCGCUGAGUGCAGGGACAGCAGCGCCAAGACAGCAGUGGUGGUGACGACAUUCCUCUAUGACCAAGUGACCAUCCCCAUCAACCCAGGGGUGCAAGUCUUGCAGCACCCUUAUGAGGUCAUUCUGACCAACUCGUGUCAGCAGCGGGCCAUCUCUCGCCUGAGCAUCAACAUCGUUACUAUUGCGAGAUUUCGCUCCUUCAUCCUCAUUCCCCGCGUGCAGUUCUCUGGAUUUGGCAAAGAGAACAGUGGCCACGAGCUCACUUAUCAGUUCAGGGUUCUCCCUCCUCUGGACGCACCCGACAACUCUGUGAUAAUCCCUCCAGGUGCCACCUUCAAGUUCAACACCACUGCAGCACCCCAGUCCCCGUACAAUAUCACUGUUAUUGUGGCUGCCUUCGCUCCGUAACUCCUUAUACGCCGUUGUUGUAGCUGGCUGGCAGAUUGCUUCUGUUGUUGCUGUCAGUUAUCUGGUACCAUAUCUGACACUUGGAGGAUUCUCUUUGUCCCAGUCCAGCGUGUAGAGUCAGAAAAACAUCCUGACGUAUUCUCAUCGAAGCUCUUGGCAAAAAAUGUUCAACAAGCCU